AAUAAAAUUGAACAGAGCCACACACUUUCACACUUCCAUAAAUUUCUAGAUAAAACGAGUAAUUGAAAUUUGUUCGUUGUCAAAAUUCAAAAAGCGAAGAUGCAAACGUUUAAGCAAUUGAAUGAACUUUUCAAAUUAGGUAAGCGGAGCCUUCACCUGGCUGCCAAUUCGACGCUUUUCGAUAAUAGCUGCUGGGAGCUACGGAAGCAAGCCCGCCAGUCGGAGACGACGAUCGAUUCGAGUCGGCACUGUAGAUACGAUCAGCAGUUUUAUCGCCCACGUUCGCUCGAUUCGCGCUUUAUCUCUGACACCUGGGUGGCACGCAGAGACGAUGAACUGGACAAUGAUGCAGCAGACGAUGCAGACAAUACGGAGUCAGAGUAUCGAUCGAAGCCGCCACUCGGAGAUCGUUUAGAUCGGAUCCACUACAAGCCGAUGCGCCUGAAGGAUCGUUGCUACAGUCGCACCUGGACGGACUUUGAGGACCUGAAAGUCAAGCAAUAUAUUCAGCCAUACGUUCCGCUUCGGCACACACCAGCGCGCAAGAAAUCCAAGCCCCUCAAGGAGUACAGACAGCCCAUAGCAGCCAAAAGGCCAAAGCCCCACUUCAAGAAAACCCCCACCAACGAAUGCUUCCGCUGCCAACGCGUCCCCAAGUCCACCACUGCCUAUUAUUUUUAGUGUUUCCGUAAUUGAUAUCAUGUCGACAGUAUAGUUGAGAUUUUUGGGUUUCUUUCGCUACAUUUUCUUUCUAGUUUAAUAUACAGCAUUUAUAACAGA